UCUGUUAUGAUAUACUUUGUGAACUUAAGAAUACAAUCUUUUAUCAACAAUUUUGCACAUACACUGAGAACCUGAAUUCAGAUUAUUUUAAGAAAAUAAAUUAUCCAAUGGAUUUAUUUAUUGUAAAUUCAAAAUUAGAAAAUAAUCAGUAUUCAAAUGAAAAAGAGUUUGAGAACGAUGUUUGUUUAAUAUUUAAUAACUACUGUUCUAUAUACGAUAUUGAGAGUGAAAUGUAUCAUUUAGGUAGAUCAUUAGAAUGUAUUUUUAACGAAAAAUUUAAGAAAUUUAAGAAUCAAACUAAACAAAAACAAAGAUCAAGAAAACAAGAUAAUGAUGACAAUAUGAAUGAUUUAUCUAUUGACAAAACUUAAAAAGAAACAAAAAUUAAAUCAUUACAUAGAAAUUACUGAUGAUGUUUUCCUAUUUGCUUUAGCAUAUAACAGUCUUAUUUCAGCAAAUGAACCAGUUCUUCAAGGAAUUUUUGAAUUUAGUUUGCCAUUAAAAUAUCGUAUUCCAGAACUUUGUUUAGUAAUGAAUAAGAAUGUAAGAAAAGGAAAUAGAAGAUUUGGUUUUGUUGAUAUGUUUGUUUUGGGGGAUGAAACUAAUGUUAUUAUAGAAUCGAAAUAUAUUCAGUUAGCUGGAUUAUUAAGAGAUAUUAAUGAAAAACAAACAAAAACAUUUAGUUCAAUUGAAUUAAGUAAAUUAGAUAAAAUUAUUGAAAAAGAAGAUGAAAAAAGUUUAUUAGAAAGAAAAUAUGUACAUUAUGUGAAAAACAUGAAGAAAUAUAAACAAACAACUAUAAUUAUUAUUAAAAAAAUUAGACAAAUCAUUUAAUUAUUUGGUUCAAUGUCAAUGAUGAUAAAAAUUUUGUGCUUAAUCAAGCUAAAUCAGAAGUUAAAAAGUUGAUCGA